AUGGCUACUUCAACUACUACUAGAAAGAAGAAAAAGUUAGUGUACAAACAAGACUCUGAUGGUGUAUUUAGAUUGAAAAAAGUGGAUGACUGCAGUAGUAAUAAUAGCAAUUUAUCAAUCACUAGUGACGAUUACCUACUGAAGAAGGGCAGGGUAGACAAUUACCUCAAUGAACUAAUGGAUUGCUCUUAUACUAUUGAAGGUGAUGCUGAUUUGGCCAAUCUACAAUCACAGAUCAUCAGACCGAGAUCGAAAUCAUCUAAUGAGAUCAAUUCCCAAUCGGGUAAUAAUUCAAGUGAGGGUAAACAAACCGAAAAAAUACCAAAGCCGCAUUCUUACACCAGCAAAGCAAGAUCAAAUUCAGUGCCUACCACAAUUCCCACGAAUUCACCAAUAUCUAGCUCAGAUACUAGCAUAGGAUCCACAAUCACUCAGCGGCUGUCAUUAUUUCCCAAUAUUAUGGCCCAAUUGAAACAGAAUCAACAACAAGACUUUAAACUAUUCCACGUGCCUAGCUUUUCAUUAGGAGUGAUAUUGACGGCAGUUGCUGCUGCAUUCAGAGAUCUGUUGACUCGCUUCACGGUUGGCUUAAUUGUCUGCGUGAUUGCAUUAGGACUCAUAGUCUUAGCUGGUCUCGUUGCCGCACUUUAUAUGGGGCUAAUUAAACAGGAUGAUGUGAAGCUAAUCAAUCUGCUUAAAACGUAUUUGCAGGAGAUACAACAACAAUCACAAGAGACUCCUUUAGAUGGAUUGAAAAAAAGAGACGAUGUUAGUGAUAUCAUACAACAUUACACUGGAGACGAUGGCCGACGUAAGUCGAGGGAAUCGCUAACACCUACUUUUAGCAGUGGUGAACAACCACCAGAAACUAAACGUCGCAUGUCAAAUAUUAGAGUUACACCAUACAGGUUUGAAAGAGGCAUUGACUCAUCCAACCCAUCAACUGAAAAGCUUAACUUGAAUCGCCAACUAAAGCAAAAUUAUACAUUGGCGAACAACAGUACUCCUGAUUUUGCAACAGGUCCUGCUACUUCUGACACCUCUUUGAAAAAUGUACCAGCAUUGAAUAGAAUCAACACUGAACCGAUACAGUCGCUCAAAAACAGACGCAAACUGGCCUCACCGCCUUAUCCUGUACAUACAACCAGAAGGCCACGGUUUGACUCAGUGCAAACAGCCAGCUCUUCUGUCAAAAACUUACCAUCUUUACCAUCUGAUGAACUUCCAUUCAUCAAUGAAGUGAAGUUGAUUGACUCAAUGGAACAACAACAGAUUGAUGACGAAGGGUAUGAUUACAUAUCGUCACACCCUAUAAAUGGUCACUUUGACAGACGCAGUAGCUCGCCCACUCGAAAGCAAUCAAUCUUGGGGACUACUGCCAAUUAUGAAAAGUUUAUAGCCAAUGUAGAUCAUUGA